UUCUUGGUGUUUCCAAGAACUGAAUGGAAAAAAAAGAAGAAAAUUUCAAAGAAACGUGCAGUCCUCCUUUGGAGUUAAUACACUCCAGCGAUUUGUCAGGUAGAGGACACGGGAGAGUUAUUGUCUAUGGGCGGGUCCACGGGUACGCGCUGCAUCACGACAAGUCGGGCGUGACUGUUGAAAUAUAGAUGAUUCGGCUGUCACAGAGCUGAUUGGUCGAUUAAAUUUUUAUCCAAUUUCUUGAGGUGACGUAUAAAUAGGGAGAUAUAGUAUUAAUCCACUGCACUGCCCCGUCUCCCAGCUGUCCUGUUUUAUACUAUAUCUGUAGCAUACGUACGCAGCUCUAAUAUCGACAAAACGGUGGGGGAUGUUUAAUCUGUUUAUUAUAAAACCCCAAGUGUAAUGUAAGAAAAGAGCAACGGAAAGCGGUCACAUAGAAAAUACAAUCAGUUUAUGGCAGAAAUUAAUAAUUCAAAGAACGAUAAAGGAAUACAAUAUUCUGAGCUACAGUCGGGAAGAGUUAUGCAGGAACUUGUAAAGAUGGAAUCGUUUGUGCUGCCCUCCUCCGUCAUUCGGGCUAUGAAUACAGACUCCACUCACAAGUCUACAGUGCCAUGCACGCUGAUGCUUUCUGUGGGAGAGUGGAAUAGUCUUCCUGCGGACGAUGCAGACACUGGAAGUUAUGGGACCCCUUCUUCGUAUCUCCCUAGUGACAGUGACACGCCUCUAUCCACCCCCGACACCCCUCUGACUCCACGCCACGGGAUACCGCGACCUAACCAUUUCUUAUUUCCAGGAGACUCUGGAUUUAAUCCUAAUAACAUUUUCCCUUCAAACGGAGAAAAGUUUUCAUUAAAAAGUACAAGCAGACCUAAAAAGAGAUGUUCAGUAGCUCCAAGUAGAGACAUUCUGAAGCGCAGACGACUCGCGGCUAAUGCACGGGAAAGGAGGCGAAUGGAAAGUCUUAACGUGGCGUUUGAUCGUCUGCGAGAAGUGAUUCCGUCUGCUGGGGAGGACCAGAAACUCUCAAAGUACGAAACUCUGCAAAUGGCUCAAAGUUAUAUUGGAGCGCUGCAGGAUCUGCUGGAGAAAAAAUGAAAUUUACUCUGAUAACAUUUGCUCGUUCAAUCGUAAGUGCCUUUACGUCCAUAGAAGACUGUGCCACAUGCCUUGCAUCGAAAAGACAAUCGAUGGUGACACAUUCCGACCCAUCGGUUUAAAUGACUGUCUUCUCACCUGUGUUCCUAAUUGUACAUCACUUUUGUGAAGUAUAAGAAAAAGGAGAGAGAGCUAGUGAUUAUAUAGUCUGUGUUUACCUGAAGGGACGAAGAAACGGCAGAUUUUAUCAGAACUGACACACCGUGCUGGUUCUCCCCGUUUACAGUCCCUGUAUUACAUAUAGUAGUUAUACAUUCAUAUUCUAUGUUUUCUUUCGACGAGGGUUGAAAAAGAACGGGAUAGAGGGUUUCCACUUGAACCUUCUUCGCGUUCUGACCCAACUUGAAGCAUGACAAUGUCGAGAACAUCAAGAUAUUUAGAUUGCUAUUUUGAUUAUUCUGUAACAUAUUCAAUAGUGUGAUUUAGUAACUGACAAUGAAUAUGAACACUAAGGUGUAAUUAUUGGACUUCUUAGUUUCGCCGCAUACACAAUUAUGGUUAAACAGCACGCAAUCCGAUCUCUCUUGUGCAUUCGUUAUCCUUUUCUGUGUAUUUUAUUAUUCCGUUUUCUGUUGUGAAAUUGUUUUUGCAUUUUUUUUUUUUUUUAAAAAGAGACUCUUUUGUAUUUUUAUACCGACAGUUGAAUUUCACCACUACCCAAUGAAUUUAUACUUUAUAUAGCGUGCUUUUAUUGGUGCAAUGUUAUAUCCAUUCAGUGUGCCUUUUGUAACUCCGAUAACGACGUUAUCGUUGGAUGCGUUACCGUUUACAUUUGCGCAUAUGUUCGCGAACAAUUCUAACCAUUUGCAGCUUUAGCAAUGUGUUAAAUGAUUCUAAUAUAGAUAUAUUUUGUAUAUUCAAUGAAUUUUAUAUAUUUUUAUAAAAAUUAAAAUAAUUUUAUGAACUUU